GCGCGCGCUGUCAGCGACGCCGGAAGUCCUCGCUGGGCCUGGCGGUAACCUUGCGGGCCCGGCCACCGUUGCUGAGGUGAGCUCUGCUUGUCCCCAGCGUCGGCACCGGCGAAGGCUCCUUAGCUGCGGGGGGUCCACCCCGAGGGCGCGCGGGAGGGCGCGGAGGGCCGCGGAGCUCAGGCGCGCGCGGAGGACCUCGCCGCCGACAUGUCUCUGGUGGCGGAAGCCUUCGUCUCCCAGAUCGCAGCUACAGAACCUUGGCCUGAAAAUGCAACCUUAUAUCAGCAACUGAGAGGGGAGCAAAUUUUGCUUUCUGAUAAUGCAGCGUCUCUUGCUGUCCAGACAUUUUUGCAGAUGUGUAAUCUGCCUGUCAAAGUGGUGUGUAGGGCAAAUGCAGAAUAUAUGUCUCCAUCUGGAAAAGUACCUUUUAUUCAUGUGGGAAGUCAAGUAGUGUCAGAACUUGGCCCAAUAGUCCAAUUUGUUAAAGCGAAGGGCCAUUCUCUUAGUGAUGGGUUGGAUGAAGUCCAAAAAGCAGAAAUGAAAGCCUACAUGGAAUUAGUCAACAAUAUGCUGCUGACUGCAGAGUUGUAUCUCCAGUGGUGUGAUGAAGCUACAGUAGGGGAGAUCACUCUUGCUAGGUAUGGAUCUCCUUACCCUUGGCCUCUGAACCGCAUUUUGGCCUAUCAGAAGCAGUGGGAAGUGAAGCGUAAGAUGAAAGCUAUUGGAUGGGCUAACAAGACCCUGGACCAGGUCUUAGAAGAUGUAGACCAAUGCUGUCAAGCCCUUUCUCAAAGACUGGGAACACAACCUUACUUCUUCAAUAAGCAACCUACUGAACUUGACGCUCUGGUUUUUGGCCAUUUGUACACCAUUCUUACCACACAGUUGACCAGUGAUGAACUUUCUGAGAAGGUGAAGAACUAUAGCAACCUCCUUGCUUUCUGUAGAAGAAUUGAACAGCACUACUUUGAAGACCGGGGUAAAGGCAGGUUGUCUUAGAGCUGUGUGCCAAUUAGGUAUUUUAAAAAUCUAACUUUUGAAAUAUGUACUACUUGAACAAUAAGUAGUUGCAGGAUCUCAAAACCAAAAACACUGUUUUUUGAAACCUCAAAAAAAUUGCAUAAUGUCAUAUACAUGUUCUUUGUACUGUUAUUUGUGUACACUUUCACUUUGAAUUGUUUGAUUUGUUACAUUAUAUUCUAUAUCGACAUUUUCUUUCUUGAUGAGCAUAUAAAAAUAAACCUUACACAACUGA